AAUGCCGCGCGGGGUACGAAUGUUGACAAGGCAACCUAUUCUUUCACCGUAUCUGACCAAAUCGAUGACAACAUCAUUAUGGAUCUCGCGAUAAUUAUUCGCUACAUGCCCAUGCUAUCGGUAUUUCGAGCUCCUGGGGUUCAGCUUCCCAGCUCUGCGUUCGAAGCGCUCGCAGCGGUGAGCGGUCCGUCGCUCAGAGAACUGAGCGUUGAAAUCUCGCCUGACAACGGAGAGGCUGCUGUACAGCUUAUGUUUUUGGGACAUUUCCCUGCAUUAAGGUGUCUUGAUCUGGACGCAAGCGAUCUGGAAGACAUCUCGGAGCUUGGGGAAACCAAUACGCCAGCGCUCAACAUGCCGUAUUUAGACACUCUCAGGGUGCGUUGUCGAGGGAACCAUCCUCGACACGUACUUCUCGCAUUCUUUUCCCGUGGCCAAUUUCCCGUUCUCCAGGAACUAAUGCUUGAUCUCCCGCUCACUAGCCCUGCUUGCGAAGCACUUGGGCCGCUGGUCGGAAGAGUCAACCACCGUUUGGGGACUUUAAGCUUGCAUUCCAACCUCGCGGAUGAAGGCGCGCGUACCCUCCUCCCCCUCCUCACUGAACUUCGUGAACUGGUCUUCUGCGACCCCCCGCGAUGGGGCUUCAUUGACUGCUUGCCGCCGAUGAUUGAUCGAUUGAUUUACCAUGUUCAAUUCGACGAUCCCGUUCAAGGACGCGGACUAGUGCAGUCUCUUGACCAGAUCUUACUCGCUCCAAAAACUCGGAUUCCCUCGCUCGCCGUUGUACGCCUGACAGCAUCCGGCUCUCGUCCCGACCGGUUCCUCUGGAGCACUAUUGCAGAGACAAAUAUCGCGGUAGCGGGUCAACUGAUGGCAAAAUCGAUGGACCUCGCAGAGAAGGGCAUUCGUGUCAUUGACGAGGAGUUGAAAUGGCUGGGAUUGCGUUCGCACGCUUGAUGAGACUUAUUCCUCAUGGUCUUGAGGCAGAUUCUUCUGGACAGUAUACGAAGAAUGACACGGGUGAUCCAAUUCUCUGAUCAGGUUUAUUUGUAUCACUUCCUCAUUCCCAC